CACUAGGGAGGGAUGUGCCUGUGGGCAAGAUGCUCGCUGGAGACUCCUCCAGGCUUUCCAAAGGGCCUUUAAUGUGUUGCCUUGUUAGGAGACCAUAAUGUAUGUGCCUUUGAAUGAGAGUCACCCUGGACACCCUUGUACUUCCCGACAACUUCAACAGUACAACCAGCAUUUCUUUACUGUCCUCCUGUUCUGAGAUGGUGGAGAUUAGGCCUGAAGAGGUGGCAGGCAGAGCUGUUAACUGCUGGUCUGUCUCCGUUCCCUGGCAGGCCUCAGUGAAACCAGAAGGGUGGUUGCAUGCACCUGCACCUGAUGGGGAGCACCUUCUGGCCCCGGGACAGGCAGCCCAAGUGUCUUCAUGCUCUGGUUUCUCUUGCCCAUGCAGCAUCCAAGUGUUCCAGUGCCUGAAGCACAAGGGCACGAGCGGGUGGAUGCUGCUGGUGGAUGGUUUCUGUGCGGCAGAGCAGGUUCUCCAGCGCUCCCCAGACCAAUUGGAGAUGCUCCCCAAGGUCCCGCUGGAGCAGGAGGAUGUCAAGAAUGUGGGAGACUGUCACAACCCCGUGAUUGGAAUUGGGCCAGUUCUCAGUGUGCCCCUGAAGAAGGAGCUUUAUCUCCUCAGAUACAACAGCUACGCUCGUGCUCUCAUCAACACGGCGCCCUACGACGUUGUGCACCGCUGGGACGCUGCUCACCGCACCCUCACCACUGAGCUCCAGAGACCAGAGAAUGAACCCUGGGUCAAACUGAAGCCAGGCAAGGUAGGGCUUGGAGCUGGGAGACUCGCCUGGGUUUUGUGCAGGGAGGGAAGCAUGGUCCUUUGGAUGUGCUUGCUGCCACUGAGGUGGCUGCUUCAGGCAAGCUCCACAUACUGCAGCUUUCUUCGCAGGUCUUCUAAGGUGGCCUGUAUUACAGUACUGGCAUCUGUUGUGAGGGGGAUGUGUUCCUCCUCUUGUAAAAGAAUAUGAGCUUCCAGGUAAGGCAGAAAUGUGUAGCUCAAACCCUGCCUCAGAGGAAGGUUAGGCCCAGCUAGAGGAGAGGAGAAAGAUCUUCUCAGUGGCUGCAGUGAGGAUCCUCAGAAGCAGAGGGGCUGGGAACACCUAGUGUUCGACCUCUAACUUCCUCCAGAAGAAACUUCAAGUGUGUUGGAAAUCCAAAGGUGUAGGAAGCCGAAUUUACUUCUGCUCUGAGGUUAUCUUUGAA